GGGCGGAGUCGUCCUCCACUUGUGUGAUGCACAAGGCUGCAUAACAGUCCCGCAAGUAGAUCCUCUGAGGUUGGGAAUUUUCAAUUUUCUUGGAACUGUGUCCUUGACCUGAAGUGAUGGGAGCCGUUCUUGGUGCCACUUUGAUGAGCUGGGUGCCAUGUUUGUGCUGCAGUGCCACAUGCUUGCAGUGCAGCUGUUGCCCUAACAUCAAAAAUUCAACUGUGACUCGCCUUAUAUAUGCUUCUCUUGUACUUCUUGGGACCAUUCUUUCUGGCAUUUUGCUUGCACCGGGUAUGGAGAAACAACUUAAAAAGAUCCCUGGCUUCUGUGAACGGGACUAUGGGAUUGUAGACUGCGAAAUCUUCUUAGGCUAUGAAGCUGUGUACCGGGUUUGCUUUGGGUUGACAGCUUUCUUUGCUCUCUUUGCUGUACUAAUGAUCAAUGUAAAAACUAGCUUAGCUUUAAGAGCUUAUUUACAUAAUGGGUUCUGGUGUAUUAAGAUUGCUGCAGUUAUUAGCCUGUUAGUAGGUGCUUUUUUCAUCCCAGAUGGACAUUUUACUCAAGUUUGGUUUGGUUUUGGCGUAGCUGGUGCUGUCUUAUAUAUCUUAAUUCAGUUGUACUUCUUGGUGACCUUUGCUCACAACUUGAAUACAUCCUGGGUUCAGAAAGUGGAAGAUGGAAAUUCUAAGCUUUGGAAAGCAGUAUUAAUAUGUGUGACGAUGAUAUGCUAUGGCAUCUCCAUUGCUGGAGUUGUGGUUCUGUGGAUAUAUUACACCACUCCAGAAGGUUGCAUCCGAAAUAAGUGCUUCAUCGUCUUCAACUUCAUUUUUUGCAUUGCAGCAUCUAUCAUCUCAGUUUUACCUAAAGUGCAGGAAAAACAAUCUUAUUCUGGUUUACUGCAGUCCUCUUUCAUCACCAUGUAUACAGUGUAUCUCACCUGGUCUGCCAUGACAAAUGAACCAGAUAAAAGAUGUAAUCCAAGUUUGCUUAGCAUUAUAGGACAGUCACCUUCUACUAUGCCAGCAAAUUCCACCCAAGAAGAUAAUGAUAUCAAGAAACCUUCACUUCACUGGAUGGAUUCUCAAAACAUCACAGGAGUUGUCAUCUUUGUGUUGUGCAUUGUCUACUCAGCCAUUAAAUCAUCAAACAAUUCUCAAAUCAGCAAGCUGACAAUCUUUGCUUCUGAAACAGUCAUCCUAAACGACACCUCAGUAGAAGCUCAAGGCUUGGGAAGUAGAGAUGAUCCAAAGCGAGUUGAGGACAAUGAAAAGCAAGGUGUUCAGUACAGCUACACAGCCUUCCAUAUUAUGAUGUGUCUGGCAUCCCUUUACAUAAUGAUGACCAUAACCAACUGGUACAGCCCUUCUGCCAACUACACGACGAUGACCAGUAAGGAGCCUGUAGUGUGGUUGAAGAUAGCAUCAAGUUGGCUGUGCCUGCUUCUUUAUAUAUGGACAAUGAUUGCACCGCUUGUGAUCCCCACUCGGGAUUUCAGCUAGAUCUGCUUUCUUUUUGCCUGCUUUGCCUAAACAAAACUACCAUACAAGGUAUAUGCCAAAGGCAAUCUGACCAAAUUUUCCUACAUUUCUAAUAUGUUUUUACACAGCUCUGCCAUUCAUAUAAAUACCAAAUGCAUUUUACUGACUUUCAUACCUUCUAUCAAAACGAUCCUGUAGUCCAUUUUCUGCAGUUUUCUCGCUUCACUUACCACAGGGAAAUGCCUGGCUCAACCUGCAAAAUUAAUUAAUCUGUGACUCUCCGCCCUACAUGUGUGUCAGUUGUCAUUUAGUCAAAAUCACAUUUAACAUUUAGUAAAAAAAUAAUGCAGAAACAGCAGACCAGCAAUCUGUUAUUUAUUCUGAAACAAUUGUGACAGCCUUGAAAACAUGUUAGCUCCGUCAUACUAGACCAGUGUAUCCCACCUCGGGCUUGUCCUUUACCUGCUCUGCUGCCUUUAUAAUUUUGAGCAACCUUUCAAAUGAUGAACAGGAGAGCCAGUGGUCGCCAUGUGCAGCUCCAUUUGGUCAGGAUUAGGAGAAGAACAUCUUUGGGACAAAAAAAUAAGUCAUUAGUGUGUCAUAUUCUUAGAAAAACUGGAGGACUCAUUUACCAGUGUAGAGCCAUCUCACCUUUCUUAAAAAAAGGCUAAAGUCAGUUUGAUGUAGAUCAACGUAACAGCUUUAUUUAAGGACAGCAUCAGACACCAUGGCGGUCUUGAUAACCAUUCUGAGCAAUCAAUUAAAAGCAUUUUUUACACAUAACAGGCCCUAAGAAAAAUUAUUUUUUUAAAAAAUUCUCAAAAUCAAACUGAAAUUUACUAGACUACCUCAUUAGUGGAUCAAAUAAAAUAAGGAUCCAUUUGUUUAUGUCUAACCUCGGACUGACCUAUCUUAAUUAACUGGAACAUUCUCACCUUGUACUGGCCAAUCUGUCUUAGCUGGAGAGCUGGUUGCGUGCACUUCUUAGCAGUAAACAAUUCCAUAAAUCAGAGGUCAGCAACCUAUGGCACUCAUGUGGCAUGCGGAAUGAUUUUCAAUGGCACCAGAAUUGAAAUACAGUGAUCCCUCGCUAUAUCGCGCUUCGCCUUUCGCGGCUUCACUCCAUCGCGGAUUUUAUAUGUAAGCAUAUUUAAAUAUAUAUCGCGGAUUUUUCGCUGCUUCGCGGGUUUCUGCGGACAAUGGGUCUUUUAAUUUCUGGUACAUGCUUCCUCAGUUGGUUUGCCCAGUUGAUUUCAUACAAGGGACGCUAUUGGCAGAUGGCUGAGAAGCUACCCGACUUACUUUUCUCUUUCUCUCGCUUGCGCUGACGUAGGGGGGUGUGAGCAGGGGGGCUGUGUGCAGCUGCUUCCUGAAGGACGUGCUGCACGGAGCUUCGCAUACUUAAAAGCUCAAAGGGCACGUAUUGAUUUUUUAUCUCUCUCUCUAUCUCUCUCUAACUCUCUCUCUGCUCCUGACAGAGGGGGUGUGAGCUGCCGCCUUCAACAGCUUUGUACCGGCGGUGCUUCGCAUACUUAAAAGCCAAAAAGCCCUAUUGAUUUUUUUUUUUGACUGCUUGCUUUGCACUCCUUUGAAAAGGAAGAUAUGUUUGCAUUCUUUUAAUUGUGAGACGGAACUGUCAUCUCUGUCUUGUCAUGGAGCACAGUUUAAACUUUUGAAAAAGAGACAAAUGUUUGUUUGCAGUGUUUGAAUAACGUUCCUGUCUCUCUACAACCUCCUGUGUUUCUGCGCAAAUCUGUGACCCAAGCAUGACAAUAUAAAAAUAACCAUAUAAACAUAUGGUUUCUACUUCGCGGAUUUUCCUAUUUCGCGGGUGGCUCUGGAACGCAACCCCCGCGAUGGAGGAGGGAUUACUGUAUAGUAAAAAAAUUAUAUUUCAAUUACAGCGCACACAUUCACGUCCUCACCUACAUUUUGCGUAUGUGACUCACAUGUAAAGGGAAACCAUGUGUUCAGUGCAGGCCGUGGUACGUUAAAAUGUGUACGUUAUGCUGUGAGGGUGUUGUGUGUCGUACGUCAAGUGUACAAAGACAUUAUCAGACUAAACAUUAGUCCACAUUUAAAAACUCGGAUGAGAAAAGUGAGGCUAUAAAAAGGGUUAUUUCUGGUUUUAAGAAACAAACUGCUUAUUUUAGUCAAAUAAUUGGAACCAAAAAUAAAGCCACCGAAUGUAGUAAUAAAAAAAUUUGACAAAACAUUCUUUUGACGUAUGAUCCUAUGUAUUUUAAAAUAUUGAAUGACCAAUAAUAUAAGUUCCGGUUAUAAUGGGCUUCAAAAGUAUAAAUACCCAUUAUAACCUGACCAGUUUUUAUACUAUAUAAAACAAAGUGGUAGAAUUAUGUCAGCAUGCUUAAUAUUGUAAUAUAGGUUAGCCCUGACACCACUGAAAGGUUACCGACCCCUGCCAUAAAUCAUUGUAUCCUUAGUAUCCUUAUUUUUCUUGACAUAAUGUAAGUCAAUUUUAACUUUUUUAAUUUAAGGCAGUUGCAGGAAUAAUAAUAAAAAAAACACAUUUUCCUCCACACUAACAAGAACUAAUGCUACUGCACAUUGGUAUACAGUAUGUGUUUAAAAUCAUUGUAAAAGCCCAGGGUGUAAGAAAAAGAGAGACAUUGACUGUGUAAUGCUAUUAGUAACUGGCCAUUAAAGACAGUUGGUUUUCUCUGUAGCUCCACACACCUCACUCAGGGUCAGAGGCAACUCGUCUGCCAUACUUUCCCCCCAGCUCUGAGAGCUGACCCCAAAACAGAUUCCCAACACCAGGCAUUACACCCUGGUGCAUGAACUCUUAACAGUGGGAAUACGUGUCAGAAGACCCGUAUCUGAAGCACCAUUUUCAGCUCUCUCAGGAGCUGCUUCUAUUGCCAGCUUCUCCAGGUAUCUUCACCCCACCUGAUAGUUAUAUAUAAACAUCUACCCGUGUGUGUCUGUCUGUCUGUCUGUCUGGCCCAGAAGUGUGAGGCUACAGCAUGAAGCUCAAAGAAAGCAACUCUGUUGCCAAAGUGAAACCACCGAGGAAAGACAGAAGCUCGCUUAGCCGCUUAUAGACAAUGGAGGCGAGCACGUUGGCAAAACGAAACCACCAAGCAAAGAGAACCUUAACCACUAAUGCACAACCGAUGCGACUGAUUGAAGUGCCAGAAUCCAUGGUUUCUAGGAGCCCAGGAUUUUUACAGCAUGGGUUUACACAGCUAGUUAUUUAACAAUAUUUCAGAAAAAAACACGUUUGGGACAUUGUGACCUGGAUAUCCGACACUAGGAAUUUUCAAUAUGACUAAUCUGAGACUUUUUCCACAAUGGUUUGAUAUUUUCUGCUGUUCUAUUUGGAUCACCAUUUAUGCUUCACGUGUCGUAAAAUUUGUUUUCUUCAUUCUUCCUGAAAACAUGACAUUGAAUUUUUUCUCAACAAUCACUACAAACAACACAGGGUGAUUAAAAGGUAGAAAAAUCAAUCCACAUAAGAUAUAAACUACAGAAGCAUGUUUAACGUUUUCUGUCAGCUAGCCAAGUGCAAUUGAUGUUUGCAAGUUGCAAGAAAUUUCUUUACAGUUGAGGAAAACUUUCCACAAUCAGCUUCUCACAAUUUCUAAUCUUUGUGAUUCAAAUGACACAUACUGACAUUUUUGUGUGAUAGAUGCACUAACAGACAUUAUGUAAAUGUUGUGUUUUACACCAGUGGCUAUUGGCCGUGUUCACUGUUUGAUUUCUGACUAUUUCUCAUAAAUAUGCUGGACAUGAAUUUCAGAUUGGAUAUUCUAAUCAGCCAUAGUUAUCAACACAGAUGAUUAUUUUAAAAGUGGCACUUUAAUAUACUUCAGUAUAUUGUUUCACAUUUCAUUCACUAGAGCAGUUUUCAAUAAUCCAAAGAUGAUGCCUUACAGAGAAUCUCUAAUUUCAGCAAUUAUCACAUGUGCUUUAAUGAUAACACCUUACCACAGUAAAGACAAAAACAUUUUGUGAAUUUAUUUUCAGAGAGCACUGCUUUGAAUAUAAGAAAAUAUUGAUGAAGACUAAGCAGAUUAUUGUGAAAAAGAAAUGUGGAAUUUGUGUACCAAAGGACCAAUACUUUUUGAGCCCUGCACUGUAUAUUUACACAAGUUAAUUGCUAAAUGCCACCUUUUAUAUUUAUAUGAAAUGUUACAAAAAUAACAAUUUAUUAAAAAAAAUUUGAAAAUGAAAA